AUGGUAAGCCUGCCGUUGGAAAUAGCUGAGCUAGUCUGCCAGGCAGCAGAUCGACCAGUGCUUGAGACUCUGGGCCAAACCGACCACACAUGGCGGCAGCUAGCACUGCGCGAGCUCUGGCACACGGUUGGAGAUCAGCGAGUGGGCGCACAAAACCACAGCCGCAACCAUCCAUGCGCAGUAUGGACAGUACGUGCAGACAAUCGAGUACAAGCGGCAGCACUCGCGCAGCAUGAGCAAUUCGCAGGAGCGCCGGCGGAGCUCCGACGUCAAGUCCAAAACGGAGAUUCUCUGCGACUGGAUAUCGCAGCCGUGGCCGCUGGUGCACCGGGUGGCCAUUGGCGGCUGGCCGCCGUACAAUGUGCGGCGCGUGCAGAUGGCCAUGGCGCGCGGCUGCCCGGGCCUGCGGGUGGCGGUUCUGGAGGGAGCGUCGGCGGCCUGGGCGGAAACGCUGCGCAUGGCGCUGCUGUGGCACCCGGAGCUGAAGGAGCUGCAUGUCACCGAGGACCAGCGGGCAUUGCUGCCGCCGGCGGCGGACACGGUGGGACGGCCUGCCAGCACUGGCGGGUCCGCCAGCCUAUACGGGGCCGGGCCCUCGGCGCUGACGCACCUGACGGCGCCGUGUCUGGCCGACGCGGUUGCGCAGCUGCUGGCGCAGCUGCCGCGGGUGCUGCCGAUGCUGCAGUCGCUGGAUCUGCGGCAAAUCGAUGCCGGCGUUGCUUCCCGCCUGCACAUCAGCCUGCCGCCGGGCAUUUUGCAUCUGAAGGCCAGCGGCCACCACCCGCUGAGCGCACGCAUGUUCCAUCCGGUUAUUCGCUCGCUGAAGACCCUGGUUGUCCGUGGGGUGCGCAGCGAGGAGGCGGCAUGCCGCGAGCACGAGCAUUUCUGGACCCCCUUGUUCCAACACCCGUGGGGGCGGCUCGAGCGCCUGGUGGUGCCUGUGGCGCGGCCCGGGCUUGGCCCAAUGGUAAGCAGCCAGUGCCCCGCGCUGCUGGACCUACAGGUCCUGCAGGCUGGCAGCAUCAUUGA